AUUUUCAGAAAAUUGCAAAAGGAAAUGUUUAUCUCAUGUUGCUAAAAUUGUUAUAUCCCUUCCUUAAUUGAAAUGAGACAACAACACCAAGGAAAUCAUAUAAAACCUAGAGGGAAUGGACGCAAGAAAUCCAGCAAUUUGCUCUGAAGAUAUCGAAAUACAGAAGAACCAAGAUGAGAAAAUAGUAGAGACGAAUACAUUCAGAAAGCGUAGAAAUUCAACAUCGCCACCAGUGACAGAUGAACCAGUCCCAAAGAAAAUCAAAACUGACUGUGAUAAUCCUGAAAAUGAAGAAGAGAACGACGAGGAAAAUAUACCACAACCUGUGGAAAUGAGAAAAGAUGCGGUAAAAUUUCCAAAUUUGUACCGAUUACUACAUGAGAAUGAAGAUACAACAAAGGGAUUAUCAGCAAAAUCACCAGAUGCAGAGGAAAAUGUAGCUACUCAUGUUGCAACCGGAAGCAAAAGAGGUUAUUCUUCUCAGUACAUUUCAACAUGUUCAUCAAUUUACAAAGCGGAAUCUUUUAGGAAUUUAAAACUUAACAGUGGAUAUAAAUGGGGUAUGAAGGACAUUGCUGAAAUCGACGUUGGAAGUUUACCAGACAAUGUAAAAAUCUUUGAUUUGAGAACAAGAGCAUUGAGAGAUAAUUAUAAAAUAGGGGACAGCGAGAUAAAUGAAAAAUUCCACAAAUUUGCAGAAAGUCACCAGGAAGUUUUACUGGUGGGUACAGUGCCAGUAUCAUGUUUAAAAUUAAUUAAAUUCACUGGAGUUGUUCCAGAAUCAUACACAAGUUGUAGUGAUUCUGAUGAACUGCUUUCUGAUAAUUUGGAGUUUGGUGGGUUUGAUUUCAAUAAUUCAAAUUCAGAUUCAGACUGGUAAAGGUUCCAACUAGAAAUAAUGUAUGAUGUAAAACAAUUGCAAACCUUUAUAAAACAAAAACAAAUAAUGGAGGUAACUUUAUUUGGAUACAACCAAACUGAUGCAUGUUUUCUAGACAAUGCUGUUAAUAUUGUCUAAAAAAACUUAUAUUACAUUUGGGUUAUCAAAUCUUUACUUAUUGUGUUUUAGUUUUUAAUAACAAUUAUUAUUAUUAUUAAAAACAAAUAAACAAAAUCAGUAAAGAUAUGCAGUUCUUUAAUCAUGGCGACAACAAUUAUUAUACUAACCAUAACUUUUCUUUGUCAAAAGUUUCACUUUUAAUCGGAUUAUUCGUUUAAUACUUAUUUGAUAAUAUUCUGUGUAUACAACAAGUUUGAUGUUUUAGUGAAUGGAAAAUAAUGGAACGUGUUCAAUUUGCAAUCAAAAUUUACAAGACAAGACAAGACAAAUACUUUAUAAAAGUCUCAUCCUCCAUAUUGACUUAUAUUCAUACACAUAUAUAUAAAAUCACAAUAUCAUUUAAAACAAUGAGACACUAUAAAAAGAUUUUUGAGAGACUAUGAAAUCAUUUCUACAAAACACACAAUUAUCUACAAUUAUAUAAAAUACCUUUUGUUUUUAAUAACACUUCAUAGCAGAUUUUGGCUAAAAAAUAACAUACACUUUCAUCAGGGAAUAAAAACCAGAAUUUAUCAUCAUCAGACAAAUUCACAAAAUUAGAGCUAGUAUGGCUAAAUAAAAUAGCACGCAAAUAUGCAUAUACUGAGCAAUUCAGUAGAACAUGUUUCUUAUCUUCAAUAAUAUUAUCUUCAUUACAUUGUUCAUAAAAAAAAAUAUAUGUUCAAUCACAAUACCUUCAUAACGACCAGUUUCUAUUAUCAGAGGCGCAACACCACACAUAAAUUUUGCAUAUGUAUCUUCAUAUUUACCAGACAUAUUCAUACAUAAAUAUUUUUCUGUAUUAUAUUCUUUUUUAAAUAAUCUGUAUGGUCGUAGUUUACUACGUUCAUUGCUCAUUAAGUCAGAAAAAAAAUUGUCUCUAUAUCUACAAAUAUUAUCAUUUUCAUUCUGUUUAAUUUUAUGUUUUAUCAGUAAAAGUAUCAGUAUUACAUAAAAACUCCAUAUGCGGUUCUUUAAAUUUCAAAUGGACUCUAUGGUUCCAAUUUUUAAAUCUACUAUUACAACAAUGUAUUUCCCCAUAUGAAAACCUUUUUAUUUACUCUACAAUGAGACAUUUCAGUAAAUCUAGACCAUAUUCUUAAAAUGCAUGUCCACGGAGAUAUUACACAGUGCAUCCAACCUAUAUCUCCAUAAAGCCAAGUUAGGGGUAUAUUUUCCAACACUCAUAAGAAAUCUCAUUGCUCUAAUUUUUUACAGCAUUACUGCAAGAAAAUUCCUGGUGACCCCAAAUUGAGGCACUAUCAUAACAAGUGUAUCAAAAUGUUUUGUAAAUGUAUCAAAUUGAAAACCUCUAUUAGCGUUACAUUUAGCUUUAAACCACAUUUAACCUCAAACCAAUCAGUAAAAUUACCAUUUAAUUUAACACACGAAUAUACAUUUGUAUACAGUAAAUAAUUAGCAUUUAGCAUUUUAAUGCUUAUUCCUUAAUCUUCCAGUUUACCAAAUAGCAAUUUUCUAUUUAUCCAGUCAUAUGCUUUUUAAAAUCAGCUACAUAUGUUAAUAAUUUACGUAGUGUAUGUGUUUCUAUUACAGUAGUUUAAGUAGAAAUAUGAUUUAUAUUAUUCGUCCCUUUCUUAAACCAUUUUGCUCAUCAAUAUAGUUCAUCAAGUUUAACAGUUAGGCGUGAAUUAAGUACACCACAGUUCAGUUUAUAAGAUACAGGAGCCAAAGUUAUUCCUCGAUAUGCCAUAGGGUCUCUAGGAUCUGCAAUAGAGCUUUUUUAAAUCAGAGUAGUGAUACCUUUUGACCAUAUAGCAGGUAUCUUACCAGAGUUAAGGCAAAUAUUAAAAAUUCGAGUUAACACUAAGAAUGCAGUUUGGUUCUCAUAAAGUUCAACUGUAUUUUCAUCACAACCUGGCGAUUUAUCAUUUUUCGAAGAUAACAGAACCUUAUACACUUCUUCAUAUGACAUUAAACUAUCAAGAUAAUUCUUAUUUCCUAAUUUAUUAUAUAACACUUUAAAAAAAAAACAGUUUGAAAUUAUUCAAACUUAUGAUAAAAAGAAUAUAAUUUAUAUUUCUGAGCUUGUUUCAAACUACUGGUGGUGCAAAGUUUUAUUUGUUAAGUUUUCUACAGGGUAAAACUUAUUAUGUGAGCAGAAAGAGAUGAAAGAAUUCUGAAAUAAAAAUAAGUAGAUACAAUGAACAUUACAUAACAUGCUUCCACAAUUUUGAAAAAAAAGAUGGAAUUUGGUCACCAUUCUAAAUUUUCAUGCUAGGGAACAAAUUUAAGUUCAAUCUGAAUUAAACAAAAUGUAUCUCUCUUCAUAAAUUAACUUCUUAAAAUAUUUGGAUUAAUAGGAAGUGUUAAUGUAUUUAUACUUUUAUUUUUGACAUAUUCACUGAUUUUCCGUUAUUCACAUUUGAAGCUGAUUUUAUGAGUAUAACAUUAUUAUAAAAUAUGCAUUCUGAUUUUCAUUGCCAUUUUUGGUAGUGGUUUUUUGUGUGAACUUUAUCAUAUCAUAUUAUAUUUUCGAUAAAUCAAUUUCCACAUAUUCAUUAAAGAGACAACUUGUAUACAGUCAACAGAAAGUAAACCAUUCUUUAAAACUUAAAUUUGACUGUUCUUUUUUUGCUCUCCCUUAAUUAAAGACACAUAAAAGUGUCGUUUUCUUUUCAUUUUGUGAGAGGAAAAGUGAUAAUGGGAUAACAAAAAUCGUGAGUAGACAUUUGUUUACCUAGUGCUUAACGACGUGGAGAGUGUGAAUAUAUUUUCGUAGAAAAAAAGAAGCACCAGAAGAAACACCCGAUUGCAACAAUGCAAAAUUGACGGUUUAAACAUGGAUAAAUUUGUGGUAGACUAUUAGUGUCAAGGAUAACAAGAGUCCAAAAUUUAUCUCUUUUGCAUUUACACAUCAAAUAAAAAUAAUGGAAACAAAAACAAAAAUUUUUUGAAUAUGAUAAAGCCUUUGGGUGACUAAAAUGUUUUAACCUAUAAUUUGAUAAAUUGUAAUCAUCAAGUAUAAUGGCAUCACUAUUUGAUGUUUUAACUACUAUUGCCUCGUAUGUAUAUAGUGUGUGAGUGCUUUUGUGUGUGAUUUAGAAUAUUUUUUAUAAAGGUAACAUCAAAUGUGUGAAAAUAAAUAAAAUAAACAAUGAAAACAUGGACA